AUGAUUCUCGUUUGGAUUGAAUGUGACUAUAAUAUGGAGUUCAAGACGCUUGUUUUUUUUUUCGAGACUUUAGGGAGCUCUGGAGGUUAUUUUAAUUUUUUAGACUCUUUUUCAGAUAUUAACCGACAGAUAAAGGAAGAAUGGACUACGGUCCCUAAAGCGAUGGCUAUUAUUAUGGGAGGUAUGGCUGGUUACAUCUUAGGAAUGAGGAGAUCGACCUUUCGCAGGUGGUUCUAUUCGGUAGCGGGGCUAAGCACUAUGGCUGCUUUCUGUUAUCCCAACGAAACCGUAGCUCUUGCUCAUAGAACAGCCGAACGGGGUAAAGUUGCGUGGACCAAUUUCAAGUUGUCUCCAAUUCCCUCACCUCGUGAGGAAACAUGGAUUUCUGAGUCUUUGAAGAAGAGAGUUAAAUCAGAAGAAUCUGAUCAAUAG